AUGCUGCCUCCGAAAAUUCUGUACAGUCUAGAUCCCAACUAUGCCGAGAUUGACCCCUGCGAGGACUUCGAGCAAUAUGUCUGUGGGGGCUGGAGAGAACGGCACGAUCUGCGGCUUGACCAGGGCUCCAUGUUUACUGGGACUCUCAUGGCUGAAGCAGCUCAGAUGCGCCUUCGGCACAUUUUGGAAUCCACAAGUGUCCCCGAAGCUGCUGAUGAAGAGAACCUUAGGAAAUUGAAAUCCGCUUACAAUGCUUGCUUGGACGAAGCCGUGAUCAGCAAACGUGGUAGCGAGCCAUUGGAUGCUUUGCUUGCUCAACUCGACGAUAUCUAUUCUGCAGAGUCAACUGCGGUUGGUUCGGAUGUCAAUAUCACUGACGCAGUAUUGUUUCUCAUGAAUUCUGGCGUUACGGCGCUGGUAGAAAUGGGCCCAGGUGCGAAGCCCGAUGAUCGUGACCCGGACAAAAUUGUUAUCUCUGUCGGCCCGCCAGACGAGAUUGGGCUCCCGGUCAGGGAGUAUUACAACAGCUCCCAGACAGUGUCCGAGUACACAAGAGUGUUGAAAGAAGUUCUUGGGAACUUUGUCGGACAGGACAAACGAGUCUCUGUUGAGGAUAUUGUUCUGUUUGAAUGGAAGCUAGCAAAUGCAACACCAGAUGCUCAGACCUUGCAGGAUGUGGAGAAGUACUACAACCCACGCAAUCUUGACCAAGUCGAAUCUAUGCUGCCACAGAUCUCUUUAUCUACCAUUGUUUCCAUGCUUUCCCCUGCCGGCUUCAAACCCGAUCGCCUGAUUGUUUCUUCGCCUUCGUAUAUGGAGUCCCUGUCGACUAUUCUGAGAGAUACCCCUAGGAAGACUGUUCAUCACUUCUUCAAAUGGAAGAUCAUCCAGGUGUAUGUGGACCAGAUAGAGGACGCCAAGAUUACGGCCCUGCGCGAGUUUUCCAACAAGCUAGCCGGCAAAGACCCCAAAGCUACAACCGAGCGGUGGAGAACGUGUAUCAGGUCGUUGGAUCGAGGACUCAGCUGGAGUCUCAGUCGAUUCUAUGUUCUCGAUGCCUUUUCUGAAGCGUCCAAGGAACUGGGCGAUCAAAUUAUUCUGGAUAUUAAGCAACGAUUUGUGAACAUCCUACAUCAAACUAGUUGGAUGUCGCCGGAUGUACGGAAACUCAGUAUUGAGAAAGUCGACAACAUUGUCCAAAAGAUCGGAUACCCUACCAAGAGUCCCAACGUGAUGGACCCAGCGGACAUCGAGAGGUAUUACCACGACCUUCAUAUCUCCAAUGAGACAUUCUUUGAGAACGAAAUGGCUAUCGCGAAGUUUGACCUUCACCGAGCCUGGUCGAAGUUGGGCAAGCCCACUGACCGAAACGAAUGGGGAAUGAGUGCACCAACUGUGAACGCCUACUACAAUCCUCCCUUGCAGGAGAUCGUAUUCCCCACCGGUAUUAUGCAGCCGCCAGUAUUCUACGGACCAUCUGCACCCUUGUAUCUCGCCUACGGAGCGUUUGGUGCUGUGAGUGGGCAUGAACUUUCCCACGCUUUCGAUUCGACUGGUCGGCACUAUGAUCAGACUGGGAACUACACCGACUGGUGGGACGCUAAAACAGUCCAAGGUUUUGAAGAUCGCGCGCAGUGCUUCGUCGAUCAAUACUCAAAUUUCACCGUUCUAGGAGAGAAUGGAGAGCCCCUCCAUGUGAACGGGCGCCUUACUCUAGGCGAGAACAUUGCAGAUGCUGGAGGCAUAGGAGCCGCAUUUCAGGCAUGGAAGAAGAGAGACGAAGCGUCGCCGGAUGCUCACCUCCCCGGCCUUUCCAACUUUAGCAAGGAGCAGCUGUUUUUCAUCGCCUAUGGGAACUGGUGGUGUGCUAAGACGACCAAGGAAGCCGCCAUUCAGGCUAUCUAUACUGACCCCCACGCUCCUAAGUUUGCAAGAAUUAUUGUGAGUUGA